AUGUCAUUCAACUACGUGAAGAACGCGGGCAAGUUUUUGUGCAUUGGCCGCAACUAUCUGGCGCACAUCAAGGAGCUGAACAACGCAAAACCGGCCGAGCCGUUCUUCUUCCUCAAACCAAAGUCGUCCGUGCUUCUUCCCAAACAGGGCCCGGUGCUAGUGCCUCGAGGCACCGUUGUCCACCACGAGGUGGAGCUGGCCUGUGUGGUCGGCAAAACGCUUAGAGACCUCGACCCUGCUACUUUUACGCCGUCGGACGCCCUAAAUGCCAUCAAGGGCUAUGCCUUGGCAAUUGACAUGUCUGCCAGAAACGUCCAGGACGAGAUGAAGAAGAAGGGGCUUCCCUGGACGAUUCCAAAGGGAUUCGAUACCUUUUUGCCAUUGUCUGGCUUUAUUGGCAAAGACCAAAUUGCAGACCCAUACAACGUGGAGCUGAACCUGACGGUGAACGGCCAGACUCGUCAGAAAGACAUGACAAACCUGAUGAUAUUCCCUAUCCACCGCAUUCUGACCACCAUGUCGUCCAUCAUGACCAUCGAGGAGGGCGACGUCAUCCUUACCGGCACGCCAAAGGGCGUUGGGUCCAUCGUUCCAGGAGACAAAAUCGAGGCCUGGGCCGAGGUCGACGGAAAAAGACUACCGGACAGUGUUAUGGAGCUAGACGUGGCCGAGAAGCCCGGUCCGUACUUUUACCAAGCUAAAUAA